CUAUCAGGCCCUUGUAACACACUUCAUAACUUUGCACCUUUGGGCAUGAAACAAAAAACGAGUUAGGGCUCAGGUUCGAUUAGUUGUAAAAGUCAAGUUAUAAAUUUUCUCCUUAAAGAACCCCAAACAGCAACUCUGCGACGCCAAUAUUUGAGUUAAAAACAUCUUAUUUUGAAUCUAAUAUUUAAAUCGCAUCGUGUUUUUGUCGAUGGUCCUUCACUUCAUGUUUGCAUUGUGGUAAAUUAUUAAUUUUGACUCAGAAAAUUACGCUUGGCAUCUGUUUUUGAGAGAAACGACAAAAUACACUGACAUGUGUUUUCUGUGGUAAUAUAUUCUCGUGCGCUGGUUCAAGCAUAAUUACAAAAUGCAUUAUUGUUGGUCUGAAAGUACCUCUCAAAAACAGCGUAUUGAAUGUCAACAACUUCCAUUCAAAUCUUGAGGAUUAAACAAAUUUGUAAAUGCUAGCAUUAUCUUUAGAAUUGCAGAUAUAUCUUCUCAAUCCCAUUUUAUUCGAUCUUCAUACCAAUUGGCAAUAAAUUUUUCAAUUAAGGCUUUCGAUAACGAUUUGUCGACUAUUCCACAGUUACUGUUGUACCCAUGAUUUUGGCAAGAAUGAGAUUUCUGAAUAUUCAUUAACUUUUGAAUGAACCGCAUUUUUACCCGCGGCAUGGAUCUCUUCUCCAUUCGGUUAUGGAAAUAGUUCUUUGAUAUGUAAAAGGCCCCCAACAAUUCGGAGAGCUGUACAAAAUAAACUGGAGCCAAAACUUAACUUAACUCUCUAAAGAUAUUAUUUCAUGACCUGAAAAUAUCAAAUAUCAACUCUGGUCAUUGUGCAAUUUCAACUUGACUUCACCCGAUAGAUUUUACGAUCGAUACGAAUUAUUUAAUGAGUAGUUUAGUCGUUUGCUUGUCGUUACUUAAUUAACAUCACCUGAUGAUUCUCAGACAGUUAUCUGGGGACCGAAGGGUUACUAUUUAUCUGCUGGCAUGUCUGGCGCUUAUUGGGUGGGGUCAUUCGGCUGCAGACAAAGAUCAACCGAAAGGCACCCAAGAUGUGCAAAUCCUCAAUGUUGGAGUGCUAAUCGAGGACUCUUUUUUGCACCGCACCUUCUUCAACUUCGCCCUGAACCGGACGAACACGGAGAUGGCCAGAGGCAGUAUGCCCUUCAGAUUCAGACCACUCUUCAGGAUAGUGAAGAACGUCAACCACGUCUUGGCUGCUGUGUGUGACCUUCUGGCCUUCCGCGAUGGUCAGUCCAAACCCGGCAUUGUGGCCAUCUUCGCCCCCAAGGACAGUCUGUUCGCAGCCAUGGUGCAGGACUUCGGAGACUCCUAUUCCAUCCCAGUGCUGCACUACAGCCAGGCAUUCCAGCCGGACAGGAGUCCAGACAGUGUCUUCAUCAACUUAUAUCCCCACUUUUCCACGGUUAAGGUUCUGCUCAGGGAUACGGUUGAUUUUUACAACUGGACGAAGUUCGCAAUCCUGUUUGAAGAUGAAGGCAGUUUCCACAACUUGGAGCUAGUGAUGCGAGACGAGGAAAAUGGAAACAAGUCGUUCAUGGCGUGGAAAUUGGGAACGAACGACGAAAAGAAAGCAGCGAUGAGUCUGAAACAGUUCAGAGAUGCCAAUCUGUUCAAUGUCAUUGUCCAGACAUCCCAGACAGACUUGAGACCCCUUCUGGACAAGAUGCAAAAGAUGCAGAUUUUGUCCUCCAAAUAUCAUUACAUCUUCAACAACUUCCACUCUGCCGAUUUCGACCUCCGUUCAUUCUUGGAGGGUGAGCUGAACUUCACUGCUUUCCGGCUUCUGGACCAGACCACAGAUGAGUUCCGGAGGGUGGAGAACAGCUUCAAGUGGACAGUGGUGAAUGCGGCCUUCGCCAGACUGGUGCCACCUGGUUAUGACAUAGACAACCCGAUCACGUUUGACUUCGCUCUGAUUCUGGACUCGAUGCAGUUGUUGCGAGUGGGACUGCGGGAGAUGCUGACGAGCACUGCAUUCCAGCACGACAUCAUGGAGUGCAAUGGGGACGACUUCUGGCGACAAGGACUCACUUUCACAAAUUUCAUUCGAUUUGCGUCCACAAUGUCAGUGGGACUCACUGGACCUCUGAACUUGAACGGAUUCGGAGAAAGAAUGCCCAAGACUGUUGACGUUGCUCAGAGGGUCGGCGAAGACAUUCAAAUAGUUGGAAACUGGAGUGUUGAAAAUGGUACAAAUAUCACCAGCAAUUCCGCAGCUGACGAGUCUCUGGAACUGCUGAACAACAGAACUAUCAGAGUGACAACCAUUAUUCAACCGCCAUUCACCAUGUUGAAAGAAAGAGAGGACGAGUUUUCAACGGACAGUGUGCAGUUUGAGGGGUACUGCGUGGACCUGCUGGAAAAGAUGAAGAUAUACAUGCUAAAGGACGGAAUCAACUUCCAGUACACUCUGAGUCUGGUGAAGGACGGGAACUAUGGGUCCAAACAGGCCGACGGAUCCUGGAACGGAAUGGUCGGCGAACUGCAGAGGGGGGAGGCGGACUUGGCUGUUGCGCCUCUGACCAUUAACUACCAGAGACAGGACGACAUAGACUUUUCCACACCCUACAUGAACUUGGGUAUCUCCAUUCUGUUCAGACGGAGGGAAGACAGGACCCCCUCCAUCUUCUCCUUCCUCAUGCCACUACACAUGAACAUAUGGAUGUACCUCAUUGUAGCAUACAUAGCCAUGAGUUUCGUGCUGUUCGUGUUGUCCCGCUUCACACCCCUGGAGAGGGAGCUGCCGGAUGACCCCACCGUGCCCAAACUGACCCUGUCCAAUUCCUUCUGGUUCUCAGCAGGAGCCAUGAUGCAGCAGGGCUCAGAGAUAGUGCCCAUGGCCACUUCCACCAGAAUCGUAGCCGCUGCAUGGAUGUUCCACAGUUUUUGUGUGUGCAUGUACUUCCUCUGCAAACUCAUCAGCAUGCGAACUCUUAUCUCUUACCUUGUGCUCACAUCCAAUAUGGGAUUGGACGAAGACGAUUGGUGGAGUUUUCUGUCCAAUUACAACUUACAGUUUGGCUCACUUCAAGCGGGAACGACUCAAGACUAUCUUGAAAACAACUCACAGCUGCCGACAUACGUGAGAAUGUUCCAGUUCAUGGAGCGCCACAGCCCCUACUCCUACGUCACCUCCACCCAACAAGGCAUUGAGAGGGUCCAACAGGAGGACUACGCAUUCUUCAUGGAGAGCACAAUGAUAGAAUACCAGGUGUCCCAGUUGUGCAAUCUGACUCAAGUGGGAAGCCCACUGGACUCCAAAUUCUACGGAAUCGGACUCAGAAAAGGUUCGCCCUACACGCCCUAUGUGAGCAAGGCCAUUCUCCAGUUGCAAGACGAGGGGGUGCUGGUGAAGCUGAAGAAGAAGUGGUGGGAGGAGAGGAGCAGAUGCAGCUCCGAGAGCGCCGGGGGAGGUGAAGACGCGAGUGCUCUGAAGAUGGAUAGUAUAGGGGGUAUCUUCUAUGUGCUGGUGGGCGGCACUGGCAUAGGAUUCAUCGUGGCUAUCAUUGAGUUUGUGUGGAAGACACGGAAAAAUGCAAAGGACAACAGGACAACCUUUUGCAAUGAAAUGAAGACGUUCUUCAAGAGAUCCUAUCGCAGAGACGAGAUGUUCUUCGGUUCAAUGUCGAAUCUCUUCGAGAAAGACUGCUCGGAGGACGACUCCAAACCAAGCGGAGCUCCAUCCGACGACAUCCGACUUCACGACUUGCAAGACCGAGCAAGCUCUCUCAGUUUGUAUACGAACAGCAAAGCGUCGCCAGUCAUAGGUGGAAACGCGAUUGGGCGUGCCGCGUAUCAUCCUCCUCAGCAACCAUUCCAAGUUCCAGGAGUCGGACAGAUCGAUCCAGUCCGCUUCGGCACUCUUCCGACUCACUCCUCGACGCAUUCCAUGAUAGAUAAAAACGACUCGUCACGACGCGGCGGUGUCAACUCGGCAAACUCGACCUUGAAGAGUUCGUUUAACUCCAGUUCGAAUGGAGCUCCACGGUCGGGACUAAAGCUUCGAUUUUCACCGACUGUUGAUAAACAAGUGUAUUGCCAAGAACAUUCUUCGGACCAACUUAGUCUAAACCAAUCCAGUAACAAUUCCAGCAACCCGAAUCCGCCAAACGGACCAAUGAGCAACGGGCAGAACAGUCACGGAUCCGCCGCCAGCUUGAAAUCCGAGGCCGGAACCCAGACGAAGAACGUCCGCAUCAAAACUGACACUGAUGUUUGAGAAACCUUCUUAUUGCGAUACUCAAAGCCCUAACAAUUAGUACAGGUUUGCAAUUAUGCUUGCUUGCGAAUAAUGAAUGCUAUAAACAUGAUAUUGUUAUGUAAAAUUUCAAAAUUGUAUAUCUGAUUUCAAUUUAA